AAUUAAGUGAGUUUUUGCUUAAAACAAGCAAACUUGGGGUAAGAAAAAUAAUCUUAAUUCAAGCGGAAACAAGAUUUUUUUUUUUUUUUACCACAUUGGCAGAUAAUUCUGCUUGUUUUAAGAAAAAAACUCACUUUUGAUGAUCCCCCUUCCCCCCUAGAAAUCUUUACUUGUCUAGUCAUUGCGUCUAGCGCCUAUAGGUGGCCGUUUAAAGUUUGGGCGACAAAGUCCAAGAUGGAAUCAAACUUCCACCCCUCCGAAGCUCUGGCCCAAGCCGCAGGAGCCGCACCCUUCCCAAGGCAGCAAAAGAAGCCAUAAAAAACAAUGACAUUAAUUUAAUUGUUAAUCUAAGUAAGAAUGAAAUCAAGAGUAUUAUUAAGAAAAGGUUGAAAGAAAGGUAGCAAAAACAAUGGGAUAAGGAGAAGAAAGGUCGAUGGUUUUACAGAAUUCAAAGGAAAGUGGGAGAGAUGAGAUGUGCAGGGAAAAACAGGAGAGAGGAGAUAAUUAUAUAUCAAGGACAUACAAGACUAAACAGUACACUUUAUAAAAUGGGUAAACAUGAUACAGGAAGGUGUGAAUUUUGUGGGCAAGAAGAAAGAGGAACAUGUUAUGAUAUACUGUCAGAAAUACGAGUCUGAAAGAAGGAUUUUAAUGCAAAAUUUUGCAAAAAAUAAAAAUGCAAUUUAUACUAGGAGAUAUUUUACACAAAAAAAAAAAAAAUCGGGAAAUUAAUGUUAUUGUUUUAUUUUUCAGUAUCUUUAAAUGACAAAUUUGUGGGGGAGAUUAUAAAAAGGGAGGGAUUAAUGGUGCGUUCACACCGGACGCGAAUGAAGCGGUAAGCGCGAGUGAUUUACAUGUUAAGUCAAUGCAAAGACGCGAAUUGACAUCCUGCGGCGCGAAUGAAGCGAUUCGCGCAAAUCGCGCAAGUUGAAAAAUCUGAACUUUGGCGAAUUUCCGCGCCGCGUUAACCAAUCAGGAGCUUGCUCUAGUAGUGACGUGACGUAGCGAGCUGAGGCAGAAAUUCAGAUUGAGGGUCAACAACAAAAAUGGUUUGUGAUAUAGCAUGCAGAUAGUAGAAAGAUAAACAAAUACUGUAUGAAUCAAUGACAUACCCAAACUCAUAUAUACACAAUAUAAACAAUACCUGGCUUUUUAAGGUGUAGUACAGAACAUAUUUGCGCAUUAGUGUAAAUGAAGAUCAUAGUGUUUUCACUCACCACAAACUUCCAGUAUUUACAAAAGUGAUUACACCAUUGUAAGGUUGGAGUGCGAGGUUGGGUUUAGGGGUUCUGCUUUGAAAUGGUUCCAUUCAUACCUUAAGGAUAGAACAUUCUCUGUUAAUUUUGCAAAUGUUUCCUCUUCUGUGGUUCCUUUAAAAUACGGUCUCCCUCAGGGCUCCAUUUUAAGUCCUAUAUUGUUUUCUUUGUAUAUGCGCCCCUUGGGAUCCAUCUGUCGUCGUUAUGACAUCCCGUACCAUAUGUACGCAGAUGACACACAGAUUUAUUUUCCCCUUAAAGUUGGAGAUGAACAGUCUUUGCAAUCUUACUCUGUCUGAAUGAAAUUAAAAUUUGGCUCUCUAAUAAUUUUCUUCAGCUUAAUGAAAGAAAAUCUGAAAUCAUAAUAUUUGGGCCAUCAAAUUUUAAAGAGCGUGUAGUCAGUAUUCUUGCUCCUUUGGAGAUGACUGUGAAGGACAAUGUGAGAAAUCUUGGGGUUAUUAUUGAUUCAUCGAUUAGCUUUGAUAAACAGAUUAACUCAGGUGUAAGAAGUAGUUUUUAUCAUCUUAAAAUUAUCGCUAAGCUUAAACCUUUUCUUAGUUUUAAUGAUUUGGAGACUGUUGUUCAUGCUUUUAUUUCUUCGCGACUGCACUAUUGUAACUCCCUCUGUAGGGAUCAGCCACCAACAACUGUCACGUCUGCAGCUAGACUUUCACUCCGGUGCUGCGUUCUCUUCAUUGGCUACCAGUCAAGUUUAGGAUUGAGUUUAAGAUUUUACUGGUUGUUUUUAAAGCUUUACAUAAUUUGUCUCCAAAUUAUAUUUCCAAUCUUAUAGAGCCCUACAUCUCAGCUAGGUCUUUAAGAUCGUCAAAUCAACUGUUAUUAGUUACUCCUCAGUCCAAAAAGAAGUCAAAAGGUGAUCGUGCUUUCUCAGUAGCAGGCCCUAAACUGUGGAACAAUCUCCCUCUUUAUAUUCGACAAGCUCCAUCAGUGGAGGUCUUUAGGUCCCAGCUGAAGACUUAUCUGUUUAGCUUGGCUUUUUAAGUAGUUUCUGUUUAAUUUUUGUACUUGUAAAUUUGUAUGUCUUCUGUGUUUUUAUUUCACACUGUGAAGCACUUUGGGCAACGAAGUUGUGUAUAAAUGUGCUAUACAAAUAAAUUGAAGUUGAAAUUGUAAUCCUCAAAGUUCACCUGUGUGGCAAAAAUGACAAAGUUAAUGACAAUUCAAGCAAUUGUGAUGUUCAGUCAAAAACACUUCUGUAACUCUUUCACUCACUUUUCUCAACCCUUGUCGAGCCAUCUGGGCUGGGUUUCCCGAAACCUUCUUAACUCUAUGUCGUUCUUAAAUUAUACCUUAAGCUGUACAUUAACGUUAAUAUGUGUUUCCCGAAACGCUCUUAGUUAAGUAUACCUUGUAAGUCAUACUUUCGUAAGGUUGGUCUGGACCACUCUUAGCUAUACCUUAUCACUAUUGACAGUCAAUACGAAUAUAAUUCUGAAGCUGUAAUACACCCAGUGUUCGAUUAGGAUAAAUGGCAAGAAUAAAAUGCAGAGAUUCACUGCUAAAUUCAAAUGUGCUUUAGCGCUGAUCCAGAGACAGACAUGCGCUUGUCAUGUAUCACAACUAUUCUGUGUUUUUAACCUCAUCGCACUUUAUUUUAGGUUUCAGACAUUUAAAUACACAUUUGAAUUAAGAAGACUACUGCAUAAAAAAGACAUUUAUAAUUUGUUAAAUUCAAAUUACACUGAUGUCUACGGAAGCUGCAACAAUAACCCUUUCAAUUAUAAUUUGACGAAGUGUUUUAUUCAUAUCAGAUACACAUUGUUUAUGAAACAAUAAAGUUUACUCUAUUCUUCUCCCUGUUCACCGGCCACAUACUAAGGCUAUAUGUAUUUCGGGGAAGAUUUCGUAUAUCCGACAGCUCUAUCUGCCGUGCAAACUCAUCACGCAACAAAAACAUUCACUUCCACAUAUUUUACAAUCGGAAUAUAUCAUAAAAUUCAUGAUAUACACAGUAAAAUCGGCAGUGUUAAUUAGGCAGUGUUACUCUACAUUUACUCUUAAGGAGUUAACUUAACAACAAAUAGUGAAAGAUACCCUCUAGUGUUGGUGAAAAUUAUCAGAGUUAAUUCUGCCUCGUUAACUUUACUCUGUUAAGCUCCGCCCCUCAAGCUAACGUCAAGGAUUUGAACAGAAGUUUCUGGUCGUCGUCGCAACCGCCAUUUUCUUUCACCUCGCACCAAAAGGUCACCUAAGGUUAGGCCUACAGAACAUGCUGCUUAAGGUGAAACUUGGGGAUGCUCAGAAAUUUGUUAAAAUAACCGAGCUGAACCUGAAGGAGUUUUUGUCUGCUGCUUUUUUAAAGUUCGGUGUCCCAACUGUACCCGAGAAUGUGAUGGUUGUUGAUGAAUCAGGGACGGAGGUGGAUGAUGAUGUUUUUGAGGAUGUAGUUAAAGAUCCAUCAGUUGGAGUUCUCACCAUAAAACAUGGUGCAGACUUGGAACCUGCCUCUCCACAUGCCUCUCCACCAGCCUCUCCUGUGCAGUUAAAUCGGUCCCUGUCUUCAUCUAUUGACUCCACUGAUUCACAGGACACAGUGAUUAUUGAAGAAAGCUCUUCAAGUAAAAGAAUGAGGCUAGAUCAAGAAGCUAAAAAGUUGGUAGAAUCCAUUCUUGUCCAGAAACCUGGUGGGGAGCAUGUAAUAAAUGAAUACAACCGAACUAAAACUUUGGGGGAUGAAACGAGAAGGAAAAUGGUGAACAUCCUGGCAGCUGACAUGACAGAAAAGAAUGGUACAUCACCACCACGGCAGGUUAAAGAAAAAUACGCCAGAGGAAUUGUGGCUUUGUUCCCUUACCUCAGUGACCCCUUCUCCAAAAAUGGCUAUGAGCAUUACUAUGAUAGUGAGAGUGGCACUGGGUACUUGGCGUGGCGAAUCAAGACUAUACAGAGAGGCUUGGCUAAAGAACGACGAGCAUCAUUUGAAGGACAAGGAUCACCUUCUGAGGGGAUGUCUGGUGGACCAACUGUAAGACGGGAGUCAGAGUUUACUCCAGAGAUUGUCUUGAGUGAGGAUGAAUGCAAGGAAGCAAUUGCGUUUAUGAAACAUUCUGCUGAUGAGGACACAGUCAAGAAGAAGAUGGAA